UGUGGGGGGAGGGAGAUCAACAGAGAGUUCUCUGCUCCGAUUGGCAACAGCAGCAACAAUAGUAGUGGGGGUAAUAGUAAUAGUGCUUGUGGUGGGAUGAGUGGGUCUAACAGCAUCCAAGGCAGGGAGUUUGGGGGUUUGCCAGUGGGUCAGAACCGGGAGUUCCAAGGUUCUGGGAGAGAUGGACCUAACUUGGGUUCUGAAAGAAGAGACUUUGGUCCAGCUUUCAGAGACAGGGAGCGAGAAAGGGAACGGGAUGCAGGGAGGGAGUUUCCAUUGCCAAACCAAAACCAGAGUAGAGACUUUGGCCCCAACGGAACUGGAGGGGGGCAUCCCAGAGACAAAGAUGGAGGCAGAUGGGGUGAGUUUGGGGGCCAGACAAGAGAGGUCGUAGGCAACAGUAACCCAAACAACAACUCCAUCCCCCAGGGAAACCCCCAAAGUUCAACCAGCGGGUUACCUGCCACCCCAAUGCUGAACCGAGACCCACCUGCAUCACCCCAAAACAACCCAAGUCACCCUUCCCACUCCUCCCUGCCACCACACCCCCACCCACAUCCCCCAAACUCAUCUUGCCGAGACUUUCCUCCUCCUAUGGACCAGGCACAACCCCCUUCCUCUGGAGCAGAUCACUUUCACAGAGAGUAUCCUCCCACUGGAGGAAAAGACUUUCCUGCUGGGGCGCCUCCUUCCACUGGCACAAAUCGAGAGUACCUCAGCCCCCCUGGGGUGACUCCAAACCUGGGACGAGAGUAUUCAGGGCCUGGAGGAACCCAUCACGCCCACCCACCUCACCCCCACUACCAGUCCGGGCCCAGAGACAGAGAAAGAGACUCAAACCUGCGAGAGUCUGCUCUGUACCAAAAUCGUGGAGGCCCAAAUCAGCCUCCUGCGCUCUCUCCUUCCUCCUCUUCCAGCCAUCACGGACACCCUCCAAAUGCUCCUUAUCCCCCUCCACCGCCUCCUCUACCGACACCCCAAACCUCCCACACCCAGCCAUCCCCAUCAGGUAUGGCACCCAAUGUGCGUCCCCCACACUACCAGUCCUCCACCCAGACUCCUCCAACACCUCUCUCUCCAUUACCCAGCCCAUCCACAAAUCAGAUGGGAGGCUUCUCACCUUUUCCCCCUGGCUCCUCAUCUGGACCCAACAUGCCACUUCCUGGGCCAGGUGUGUCAUCCAGCUGUUCACCUGGAUGUCGCCCCUCCCCUUUCCAUGGCACUUUGAACAGCCACCCUCCCUUCAGUGGAACGUACCAUUCCAAUGGGAACAGUGGCAGUAACAUGGCCAACAGCAAUAGCAACAGUAGCGCACCCAAUAGCAGCAAUACCAACUCGCAAUCACUCUCGCCUCAAAAUGUUUCCAAAGGACCUCCACCUCUUAGUAACUCAGCCAAUAACAACAGCAUUUCGACCCCUGCCUCCAGUUCUUUACUUCCUGGUGGAGACGGACAUUCGGAUUCGGGCCCACCUCCCACACCUGUUAUCAAAGAGGAACCAAUAGAAGAAAGGGAAGAGAUUGAAAGCCCUCCACCGGUGUUGAGAAGCCCCUCUCCUGAACCCAAACCUGUAGACAUUCCCAUCCACGCCAGCCAAUCAGCACGGUUUCACAAGGUCCUUGAUCGAGGCAGUGGGAAUUCCUGCGCCCGCAGUGAUGUCCUCUUUGUCCCGUUGGAUGGCUCCAAACUGUGGAAGAAGAGGAAUGAGGUCAUCGAAAGGGCUCGCAGGGAGGUCGAGCAGCGGGCCAGAGACCUCAGAGAAAAAGAGAGGGAACGAGAGAGGGAGCGUGAGAGGGAACUGGAUCGGCACCUACAGCAGCAGAAGGACGUCAACGCCGCUGGAGGGGGUCGCCAGGGCUCCUCUCUCUUCUUCCCCUCCUCAUCUUCUAUCAUCCUCGACCCUUCAUCUUCUUCCUCCUCAUCCUCGGGCAACUCUGCCUCCCACCCUCACCCCCAGCAUCAUCCCUCACACCCGCAUGCUCACCUUGCUCAAGCACACCAUCUCCACCCCACCCUCGCUCACUCUAUCCCCCACUCCCUCCUCCUGCCAUCUAUGGGUCAAUCAACAGUGGUUGGCCCUCAGGGUGCCCUGGGAAUAGGUUUAGGAGGUCCAUAUCUGGGCCCUGAUACCCCAGCGCUGAGGACCCUGAGCGAGUAUGCUCGCCCUCAUGCCAUGUCUCCACUCGGGGCAGCAAGUCGCGCCCAGGCACACCAUGCACAAGUUCACCAUGGCCAUCCCCACGUCCACCCCUCAUUCUUCCUUCCUCAGUUCCAGAAUCAUGGAUUAGGCCACCCGCAUCACCUGCCUCCUGAUGCAGCUACAGCUGCAGCCAUCUUGGGCUUUUUGUAUGGUGGCAGCCUUGAAGGGGGUCCAGGUGUUGGAGGCCAUGCUGGGAUGGCAGGAGGCCCAAUACCUGGAGGGAUUGGGGGUGCAGGGUUAGGAGGAGUCGGCUUUCCUCAUGCAGUGGCUGCACAUCGAGAGCGAAUAAAGCAAGGUUUUGAAUUUAAGAGUGAUGAGCGGGUUUACCCACCUGGGGCUAUACCGGAUCAUGCAGCUCUUGCCCUUGCUCACUCUCAUUCUCAUGCACAUGCCCAUGCACAUGCCCAUGCUCAUGCCCAUGCCCAUGCCCAUGCCAAUGCCCAUGCCCAUGCACAUGCACAUGCACAUGCACACUCCCUGCUACUUGGAGGAGGUGCAGCGGGAGCUAAUGAGGUGUCACUCUAUGGUACACCUCCUCCCCCAGCUCCCCCUGCCCCACCGCACCUCCAGAACCCAACCCUGGCCCAGGUUACUCGACCUCCCAACCCUCCUGCCCCUCAGUCCCUGUCCAAUCCACCCCCUUCAUCUCUCCUAACACCCUCUCUUCCCUCUCACCCAUCAUCUGCACCGCCGGCUGCCCCCCAAGCCCCAGUAGGCCCUGCUGCUCCUCCACCAGCUCCUCCUCCACCUGCUCCGCCGACCUCCAACGCCUCCUCACUUCAUCACCCAGUCCCCCAUUCUUCUUUUCCCAGCUCCCUGUCCUCUCAUUUGCCACCAGCCACUGCUCCAGCCGCUCCCUCUGAGAACUACCCCACUCCCACUCGCUCUCCUGCCUCUUAUGAGCGAGACAGGAGUGGGGAAAGAGAGCGGGAGAGGGAGAGAGACAGAGCAGCUUUGCCGGCCUUUGGGGACAGAGAGCGAGAAAGAGAAAGGGAGAGAGAAAGGGGAGAAAGUGGUGGAAACGGAAGUGGAGGAGGAGGGGGAAGUGGAGGAGGAACAGGUGGAAACGGAGGAGAGAAUCUGGGGCGUCUGCAGAUGUUGAACGUGACACCUCAUCAUCACCAGCAUUCACACAUCCACUCACAUCUUCACCUGCACCAGCAAGACACAGCGACGGGCGGGGUACACCCCCUGAUGGACCCGUUGGCGUCGGGGUCUCCUUUGACACGCCUCCCUUACCCAGGAGCCACACUAGGCACCCCCAUCCUGGCUCACCCCCUCACUGACAGCGAGGUGCUCCGCCAACAGCUGUUCGGUGAGGAGAAGGCUCCUCGUCCAUGUGCUCCUUUCCGUGACCUGCCCCAGCCGUCCUCCCUCACUGGUCCCAUGUCGGCAGCCCAUCAGCUCCAGGCCAUGCAGCAGGCCCAGAGCGCAGAGCUGCAGAUCCAGAGACUGGCCCUGGAACAACAGUGGAUCCAUCACCAUCACCACCACUCUCUCACCCAGGACGAGUAUUACAGUCACCUGAAGAAAGAAAGUGACAAGACCCUGUGAGGGAGGGGCACGACAAAGAGCAGCAUGGAGAAAAACGAGGGAGAAUGUGUGCAAAAGAAAAGCACUAAAAACUAUGAAGGAACAAAGACUCAGAAUAAAAGCUGGACUAAUGGACGGGGGAUCCACUGAAGAAAACAAGCAGAUUUUCAAGGAUUUACAAAAGAGGGAGGAGGGCGUGAAAAUGUUGCACACAGUCCCUGUUAACUGCACCAUGUUGAAGAUCCAGACUCCAGCGCUUCCCUGCAUAAUGUUCUCAAACUCCAGUCCUGUUUUGUAUUGUGCUCUGUACAGUAUAUUAGAUGGGGGCGGCAAUAGUGAAGUACAGUAUGUGUAAAAUACUUGAUGCCAGAAGGAAUGUGUACAUGAGUCUCUUUUAUGUCAUUGCAUGUAGCUAGGCGCUUAUUCUGAACUGGUGAAACUUUUGGUUCUAUUUUUAGUAAUUACCCCCUCUUUUGUAUCUGAGGGGCGUUCUAUAUGCAUGAGACCAGCAAUUUAGUGUUAUGUUAUGUUUAUGAUCAAUAGUAUUGUUAUUAUGAUUAAUGUUGUCUGUUUGUUGAUAAUGAUAUAAUUAUAUAUACAGUACAUAUUAUUUGUAUUAUUUUUUUACAUUUUCAUGGUAUGGCAGUUGGUUUUUAUUUUCAAUUUACCUUGUGAAACAAGAUGCAAAUGAAGGCAAAAAAAUCGGGAAAUAAAUUAUAAUCUUUUUUUGCUA